AUGAUGGACAAUAACUCAGAUGGAAGGUGGCUGGAGAUCGAACGAAUCCUUUUCGACGAGAGUCAACUCCUGUAUGCUCGAGGGCGUGCAAUCUCAAAGGCCAUGGCCUUUUGCUGUAAGCUCAACACGUCUUUGUCGAUCAUUUGUGGCUGCGAAAAAGAGACGGUCAGGGCGCAAAGAUGCGGGGCAGCGUCGAGUCGAGCGACUGGGUAUGUUGCACUUGUCAACAAAAAGCUGCAGGGAAGCGAGCGGAUUAUGAAUCUGGAGGCUCGGACGAUGCUUUUUGGUUUUGUUGGUCCGAAUGUUGCUUGUGUUCAAGUGCCAUCGUGCAUUCGGCUUGUUUUUCCAGCUAAAACGAGGCUUACGUUGAGUCAUGGGUGCAUCGACAUACCUAUUGUCAAAGCCCCGGCGAAGCUUCUGGAAGGCUUUUGA